UCAAUUCGUCGUAUGGUUAUCCCAUGAGUACACUUGGAGCAUGCGUUCAUCUCCGAACAAGACCGGGGCUUGUGGCUGAUAUUACCGGGGAGGGCGAGUUGUUUUUUCCCCGGUCAGCUACGCGCGUCUGUCUCGCCAAGGGAGUAAAUCCCGGUGCUUGGAAAACAAGUGUUUUCUCACCCAGCUACACCUGAGUCAUUGUGAUGCUCUCGUCUGAUAUGACGUAGACUCCUUCUCAAGCCGCCACCAGAGGAAUCAUUGCAGAUGUGGACAAACAUAGUGGCUCAUUUUUUGUAUUCAGUGUCGAGACUGAUCAACAAGGUCCUGCUGUAAAACAUCGCAUUCCUAUACACUUGUUUUUGAAGAUCGCGGCUUCUUAUGACAGGAAAUUUUCACCUAAAAAAACUCGAGAUUUGUGACUUGCAAACACAUCUUAAGAUGCUACCUGAUAAUAGGUUCUUGAGGUCGUCUCGCUUAAUCAUUGCAAUUUGGUAUUCAAUGAGCUCCCGAAAAGAUUGAGUACACUGAAGAGGAAAGCUGGAAAUAGACUACUAGAAAAACAAACAGUGACGAAUCGAAAGUCGGGUUUUGAAACUUGAGUGACAAGCUUUUGUGACAAACUUUUGGGACGAGUGCACAUUGCCAACAUUCAAGCGUGCUUUUUAAAUUGUUAAUUCGGCAACAAGAACUAGGACCAUCAAAGUGAGGAGUUGUUUCAGGUUUGUUUCCUCUGUGGAAAAAAACCGCACUUUUAAUAAGCCAUUGUGGAUGUUUGCUUUCGUAAGGGCGCUCAAAGUUGAGUAAAUCUGUAAAGAUGGGUUCCGAGACGCUUAGCAGGACCAACAUCACUGAUCCAUACCCGCCGAGGUGGGACGAGUUUGCCCCGUCCGCCCUCAACCCAACAGGUCCGCCAGAAACAGAUGAUUACGUGGACUAUAUCUACGAUUUCAUCAAAGGGAUGGUGUACCCAGAUGCUCAUGAAUGGUUCCUCAUUGCAGCUUAUGUGGUUAUCUUCGUCACUGGUGUCAUUGGGAACUUCUUGGUGUGCUUCGCUGUGUUGAGAAAUGAACACAUGCGAACUGUUACUAACUACUACAUUGUGAACUUGGCUCUUUCUGAUAUCUUGGUUGUGUUGGUGUGCUUACCGCCUAAUGUCAUGGUGGAUGCGACUGAGACUUGGUUCUUUGGUGAUCUGGCCUGCCAUAUCGUACCGUAUAUACAGCGCUCCGUUCUUCGUGGAGCGCUAUAG